UACACUCAGUGUUGUCUUUGUACUACCAGAACCAAAAGCCCAGAGACAAGCUUUUCUAAAGGAACAUUUGUUCUGGGCAGGUCUUUCUAUUCUGCAAACGGCAUUGAUAGCUAUUUAAUUGGCCCUCGGUUUGCUACGCCUCGACAUGCCGCAAGGGUCCUGAAUACAGGGCGCUGAAAGAGCCCGCUGAUAAAUGAUGACCCAGGCCUAUGCAAACACUCCUGUACUGUACAACCUGCUAACUAGCGGUUGUCGGGUUGGAGCACGUUUCUAAAAACACCGGGACAAUGCUGCCUCAUUCCGGACUGUGGUAACGGAUUAACGUGUCCAAUUUGGCUCAGCUUUGGGACGAUUGUCCACCACCAAUAUCCACUCAUUAGGUAACACGGAAACACGGCCCAUGGGGUGAAGGGUCUUUCCCGCUUGGCUGCCGCCCAAGCCCUACGUGUGCGUCUAAUCCUCUCCACUGUGAUGGAAUUGCUUCGACAUAGUAGAAAACCAGACUGAUAAAAAUGUUGAACCAGCGAGCGAGAGACGCGAGAUCGCCGCCUCCCAACGUCCUCCUGUGGCACAAGUUCCGUGAGGAACGCGACGUCGCCUUGCAGCGGGAGGUGGCAGCUAAGGACAAGGAGGCUCUGACGGUUUACAAGAGCCAGGAGACCAUCGGGGUUCUGAAGGAAAAGGCACAGAGAAAGGAUGAAGAAAACCAGAUGCUCUCCCGCAAGGUCAGAAAACUCGAGAAGCAGAAAAGAAAGGAAGAGUCGCAACGACGCAAGGCUCAGCUGAAGUUGCAGAGGGAGCUGGAGAAGAUGCGGAAGCUGAACAAGAAGUUGCUCGGAGACGUCGACGUGCUACAGACCACAGUCUCAAAACAAAAGAGGAAGCUACAGAAGCUGAAGAAAGGGAGGCUGAAAGCGCCUAACGAAGAUGAUGAAUUCGGUGAAAUUGAUCUCGAUCUCGAGGAGAAGAUAAGCGAUGACGAGUUCCACGAGGAGCUCGGCGGGGACCCGGGAAGGCGGAGGUCCAGAGGGCCGAGAUGGAACGCCCAGAGACGGAUAGAGGAGGGGGAAGAGAACUCCAGCUCUGACGAGGGAAGGGGCACGGCGGAGGACGACAACGCCGAUUCUGUCAGCUCAAGGUUAGGCAGGAACUCGGCCAUGGCCAUGCACGCCGAGGCAACGAAGCAAGAAGUCUCGCAGAAUAUCGCGAGACUCCAGGACAUCCUUUCUGGCAAGAUCGAAGGCAACGUGGAAGACUCCAUGCCAGAGGAGUACCUGGAGGAGCUCCGAGCCAUGGCAGGCGGCAUGGACUUGAAACAGUGGUGGAGCAAACUGACUCCCGAAGAGAGAGAACAAAAACUCAAACAGCUCAACAAAAGGGUGUACAAGAAGAAAGCCAAAAUGGCGGGAAUCUUGGAGGAGGGUGCAAGCGAUGACGACGAUUCCGGACAUGGAAAGACCAAGGGAGGUAUCGGCAAAGGAGGAAAAAGUGGAGGCGAAAACAAGUCUCGAAGUAGAAAAAGCUCCAAGAAUCGUAAGAAGUCCGGUUUAGGUGACGACAGCGAUGAGGAGACGGGAAGCGGACCUGGGAAGACUCGUGGGCGCAGAAAAUCGUCCGUCAGGGGAAAGAAGGAUGAAACAGAUGACGAUCUUAAAACGUCGGGAAAGGCGACAAGAAAAGGCAAGGGAAGGCGAAAAGGAGGAGGCAGGACCGGCAGUGAUGGGUCAGAUGAUAGCGACGAGGAUAACCUUGGUGCUAUGGGUGGAAAGAAGGGGAAAAAGAAAAUGGGCAAAAAAGGUAAGAACGGUGAUGGCGUGUUGGAUUCAGACGGCGAGGAUGAGACUUCUGUGGGGAAAGCAAACAGAGGGAAGAAGGGCAGUAAACUACCUCCUAUCAGAAACAAAGGUAGACUGGGGCAGCUUGGAGACAGCGACGACAGCGGGCAAGACGGAGACGGUAAAGACAGCGGAGGUCUGGGUAGAUCCAAGGGUCGCAAGAAGGGUGUCUCGAAGGAAAAAGCUAAAGAAAUCUCGGACAAUGCGAAGAAGAUUGAAGACAUCUUGUCGGGUAAGGUAAAAGUGGACAACAUCGAAGACGCGAUACCAAGCGAGUAUUUGGAAGAGAUGAAGAAGAUGGCCGGAGGAAAGGACUUGAAGGAAUGGUGGGAGAGUCUUGAUCCCGAACAGCGGGAGAAGCAGAUGCAACAGCUCCAAAGAAGAAUGCACCACAAAGAAGAGUUGCGCCAAGAGAUGGAAACGGGAAAGAUUGCAGUACCUGAACUGUCAGAUGAAAAGGUUCGCGAGAUAUCAGAAAACGUUGAUAAGCUCCACGACAUAUUGUCAGGGAAAGUAGACGUAGAUAACAUUGAAGAAGCCAUACCGAGCGAAUACCUGCAAGAGUUGAAGAAAAUGGCGGGUGGAAAAGACUUAAAGAAGUGGUGGGAGAACAUGGAUCCCAAGGAGCGGGAGGAGAAGAUGAGGCAGCUUCAGAAAAAGAUGCAGCAGCAGGAAAAGCUGCGUCUCGCGAACGAUGACAUGCAAGAUUUGGAUCCCGCGGAAAGGCACGAGCGACUGCGAGCGAUGGAGAAAGAAAUGAGAUUACAGGAGGCGAGAGAAGCCUUUCAAGAAACCGCACAAAAUGUUGCUGAAAAGGUCGGGAAAAUAGAAGACAUUCUGUCAGGGAAAGUCAACGUAGACAACCUGGAGGAGGCAAUGCCGAAAGACUACCUCGAUGAGCUGAGAAAAAUGGCAGGUGGAAAGGACAUCAAACAAUGGUGGAGUAGCCUGAAACCCGAGGAGAGAGAAGCAAAGAUGGCUGAGCUGCAGAGAAAAAUGUACCAGAAGGAGACCAUGGACGCUGCCAAAGAACAACUGAAAGGACUCGACCCGGUGGAAAGAGAGAUGCGACUGCGCGAGCUUCAGCGAGAAAUGCAGAUUGAAGAAGCCAAACACACGGCGAGAGAAAAGGCUGUGCGCAGCAUCGUGCAGAACAUGGAAGCCAUCUUGGAGGGAGCAGCGGACGGUAAUAUAGAAGACGUCGUUCCCGACCACGUGUUGCAGGAGAUGAGAAGACUGGCCGGAAACCAGGACUUACAGACCUGGUGGAAAAAUCUCAGCGCAGAGGAGAAACAGAAUCUCCUGACGACGUUUGAACGGGACAUUCGGGAGGACGAAAGUUUGCGAAAGGCCAUCGACGACAGGGUAGAGUCCAUGUUCCGGGGGCUAGGACCCGGUGGAGAUGCCCUGUCCCAGAACAACUCGCUUCCAGCUUUCUUACGUCAUUCCGGUCUGUUAGAUGACGUCAUUUCCGACGUCACCGAAGAGAUGGUUCUACGCGGCGGGGACGCGCGGAACUUCAGACACCGGUUUUCUUUCGGUUCCCUUCCUCCAUUGACAAUCAGCUUGAACAAAAUGGGGCUAGGCUGGGGGAUAUCUCCGCGCACAUACGACUGCAGUGUCGUAGACCAUCGCUACCUCGGCCGGAAGCCUAGGGCGGACAAAGUCAUGUCCUUCCCCUUGGGGAACUGGGUCUACAUCCGGGAACGUGCGGGGAACUCGUGCAUGACGAGAAUCUUGAAGAGAAGCUUUGAAAUGCAUCGGAGAUGACUAAAAUACACAUGACUCUUUACCGUGUACUGAACUGUCUCUGGGUUUUGCUGUGUUUGCAUGGACUGACGAACCCCUCAAAAACAUGAAAGAAGUAAGCCUAUAACAGUAGUUCACCUUUGUCCGCGGGGUAACCUAUAUAAGUUGUUUUUAAAGACUGGGUAUUGAGG